UGUACAGUUACUGGGAUCUUUAAGUGUGUUUGAAAGCAACAACAGCAAAAUGUUGACUGUUCUUAUCUUGCUGAGUCUCCUGAAGUCCUACAGUGCCAGUGAUAAACCCAGUGAAACAUAUGGACCUGAUUAUGGGCCAUAUGUAGAGCCAUCAGCGUAUUCGCAGAGCGUAAAAGUAGACUAUGGCCCAGGAAGCGGUUAUGGCUUCGAUAACCAUGCAAUUUUUGGGGGCACAAUGCCCAUAGAAGGAUUCCCAGUGGAGAAAUAUGCCGUAGCAUCCAAUCGAGUUUGCAAGGACAGAUCAGGCAUUUGCAAAGGACCCUGUCAAGAUGGUUUUUUUGCUUUGAAUGACGUGUGCUACAAGUAUAUUCACCGCAAACUGUGCUUCGCUGAUGCAGAGCUGUACUGCCGACACCAUUUCCCUGGGUCUCACCUCGCAUCUAUACAUUGCCGUAUGAACCAUAUGUUCAUUAGAAAUCUGAUAAAAGCAUCAUAUCCUACAUGCCCUAAGACUUGGAUUGGUCUCACUGAUUGCUCCAAAGAGGGACAUUUCGAGUGGACUGAUGGGACAUGUUCAGAUCACACAGCAUGGUGCCCCAGUGAACCUUCUGACAAAUUUGGAAAGGAAAACUGUGUUGUUAUCAACCACAAAAGCAAUUAUCUCUGGUCAGAUGAAGAUUGUGCCCAUGAGUUUAACUUUAUCUGUGCGUAUCCAUUAAACUGCAGAAAGGGUGACUGUUCAAGUCAAACAUGCAACUAACUCUGAGAACAGUGCCACAAAAGUCUAUUUCCAGCGCCACUUCUGACCUGUGUUAAAAUGGCAUUUUUAAUCUCAUUUUGGAAUUAUAAUCUGUUCUGAGAUUGUAGAGACCAAUAAAGUAGUGAAGCAUCA